GCGGGCGGCGGGCACAGGCAGCGCGUCCGCGAUCUCGCCCGGCGGUAGGCGCCUUCGCUCCGGCACCGUGCGCAGCCCGCAGACUCGCAGCCAUGUCCCGGCCUCUGACCGACCAGGAGAAGCGGAAGCAGAUCAGCAUCCGGGGCAUCGUCGGCGUGGAGAACGUGGCUGAGCUGAAGAAGGGCUUCAACCGGCACCUGCACUUCACGCUGGUCAAGGACCGCAAUGUGGCCACCCCCCGCGACUACUACUUCGCCCUGGCGCACACGGUGCGCGACCACCUGGUGGGCAGGUGGAUCCGGACUCAGCAGUACUACUAUGAGAAGGACCCCAAGAGAGUGUACUACCUUUCCUUGGAAUUCUACAUGGGCCGGACGCUGCAGAACACCAUGAUCAACCUGGGGCUGCAGAACGCCUGCGACGAGGCCAUCUACCAGCUCGGGCUGGACAUAGAAGAACUGGAGGAGAUCGAGGAGGAUGCGGGGCUCGGCAACGGAGGCCUGGGCCGGCUGGCCGCCUGCUUCCUAGACUCGAUGGCCACGCUUGGCCUCGCAGCCUACGGUUACGGAAUCCGCUACGAGUACGGUAUCUUCAACCAGAAAAUCAGAAACGGAUGGCAGGUGGAAGAAGCUGACGAUUGGCUCAGGCACGGGAACCCGUGGGAGAAAGCCCGACCAGAGUACAUGCUCCCCAUUCACUUCUAUGGGAGAGUGGAGCACACCCAGACAGGCGUCAGAUGGGUGGAUACUCAGGUGGUCCUGGCCUUGCCCUACGACACGCCGAUUCCCGGCUACAUGAACAACACGGUCAACACGAUGCGGCUUUGGUCUGCCCGGGCACCCAACGAUUUCAACCUCCGUGACUUCAACGUGGGCGAUUACAUCCAGGCCGUGCUGGACAGAAACCUGGCAGAGAACAUCUCGCGAGUUCUGUAUCCCAACGAUAAUUUUUUCGAAGGGAAGGAGCUGCGCCUGAAGCAGGAAUACUUCGUGGUAGCAGCCACCUUGCAGGAUAUCAUCCGUCGAUUCAAAGCCUCCAAGUUUGGGAGCACCGAAAGUGUCCGGACAGCGUUUGAUUCCUUCCCAGAUCAGGUUGCGAUCCAACUGAACGACACCCAUCCGUCGCUGGCGAUUCCCGAACUGAUGAGGGUAUUCCUGGAUAUCGAGAGACUGCCGUGGGCCAAGGCCUGGGACAUCACCACCCGGACCUUCGCCUACACGAACCACACGGUCCUCCCCGAAGCCCUCGAGCGCUGGCCGGUGGAGCUGGUGGAGAAGCUGCUGCCGAGGCACCUGCAGAUCAUCUACGAAAUCAACCAGCGGCACCUGGACAGGAUUUCAGCACUGUUCCCGAAGGACGUCGACCGCCUCCGGCGGAUGUCCCUGAUCGAAGAGGAGGGGGUCAAGCGGAUCAACAUGGCCCAUCUCUGCAUCGUGGGUUCGCACGCGGUGAACGGCGUCGCCAAGAUCCACUCCGAAAUCGUCAAGUCUCAAGUGUUCAAGGACUUUGCGGAGCUGGAGCCGGAGAAGUUCCAGAACAAGACCAACGGCAUCACGCCUCGGCGGUGGCUCUUGCUUUGCAACCCGGGCCUCGCCGAACUAAUUGCGGAGAAAAUUGGUGAGGAGUACGUGAAGGACCUGAGUCAGUUGACAAAGCUGCACCGGUUUGUGAACGACGAACUCUUCAUCCGGGAAGUGGCCAAAGUGAAGCAGGAGAACAAGGUCAAGUUUGCCCAGUUCCUGGAGAAGGAGUACAAGGUGAAGAUCAACCCGGCGUCCAUGUUCGACGUGCAGGUCAAGCGGAUUCACGAGUACAAGCGGCAGCUCAUGAACUGCCUGCACGUCAUCACCAUGUACAACCGCAUCAAGCAGGACCCCAUGAAGCUGUUUGUCCCCAGGACUGUGAUCAUCGGGGGCAAGGCGGCCCCCGGCUAUCACAUGGCCAAGCUGAUCAUCAAGCUGAUCACUUCCGUGGGCCACGUGGUGAACAACGACCCCGUGGUCGGCAACAAGCUGAAGGUCAUCUUCCUGGAAAACUACAGGGUCUCGCUGGCCGAGAAAGUGAUCCCAGCCACGGAUCUGUCGGAGCAGAUCUCCACGGCCGGCACCGAGGCCUCGGGCACGGGCAACAUGAAGUUCAUGCUCAACGGGGCGCUGACCAUCGGGACCAUGGACGGGGCCAACGUCGAGAUGGCCGAGGAGGCUGGGGAAGAGAACCUCUUCAUCUUUGGCAUGCGGGUGGAGGAUGUGGCCCAGCUGGACCGCCGCGGCUACCACGCCCAGGAAUAUUACGACCGGCUGCCGGAGCUGAAGCAGGCCAUCGAUCAGAUCCGGAGUGGCUUCUUUUCGCCCAAAGAACCCGACCUCUUCAGAGAUCUCGUCAACAUGUUGUUCCACCAUGACAGAUUCAAAGUCUUUGCGGACUACGAAGCGUACGUCAAGUGUCAGGAGAGCGUCAGCCAGCUCUACAUGAACUCAAGGGAAUGGACCAAAAUGGUGAUCCGGAACAUCGCUGCCUCUGGGAAGUUCUCUAGCGACAGGACCAUCAAGGAGUACGCCCGGGACAUCUGGAACAUGGAACCUUCCGACCUGAAGAUCCCGCCACCCAACGUGCCCCGGGAUGUUGCUGACGAGGUGCUGGCCAACGACAUGACCGAGAAGAUGCAUGUGUGAACCUGACGCUUAGCUUGACCUGUGUGGGGUGGGCCAUCUCGGUUCCAUAGAAUAACCGUAGUAAAAGUAAUGGGCUCUUUUAUUCUUUUCCACUCUAAGCAUUGAGGGCGAUCUGUGUAACCUUGAGAAUUUUGCAGAAGGGAAGACAAGCCAAGGUGCUUUUCUGCCGCGCAUUUAAAUGUCACGACUUCCUCCUCGCUGUAGGAAGCACAGUCCUGUGACGCACGGGGGCCUCCUCUAAUGCGUUAAUACUCUUGCAAAACCAAUUUCUGUGAUCCCUGGAGGGCGGGCGCCAUGAACUCUCUUACAGAUCUGUAGUGUAGACACAGCCCUGGCUAAAUCCCACUUGUAGCAAGCACAGCGAAAAGUGCCAAGGGCAAGAUCAAGUCAUUUGGGGGUUGGUGUUUCUAAAGACGGAAAACCAAGCGCAUUGGCCCGAUCUUCUCUCUUUUAAAAGAUAACAGCACCAGUUUUCUGGGAGGUGCUAAGAACAUGGGCAAAGAGACUUAAGGAUCCUGCCGUGGCCAUUUUGGGGGUCAAGCAUGAAGAUUUAUCAUCUGCUCCAGCUAGCCAGACCAAAGUGCUUUCAGAGAUCCUUGUGGGAUUGAAAGGUGCUACGUGGCUGCUGUCCCAUGGUGCCAGAAUAAUUUUUUUUAAGGAAGCUACUCCUGUGAGCUGUUCCCAACCUGGGGCCCUCCAGAUGUGCCAGACUACAACUCCCACCAUCCCCAGCCAGGCCAUGCUGGUUGGGGCUGGAAUCCAGGUUGGGAAAGGCUGCCCUCCAUGUUCAAAGCAGCCAUGUAACGGCUGUACGUGUGCGCCUAGGAAACCACUAAGAAGGAAACAUGUGCUCUGCUCAGUUCAUGCCUAAAAUAAGCCACAUGUAGGCGCUUCUAGCUCAAAGCAGAAUCUUUCGCGAGGCUUGGAAGCUCCUGUAUUCUCACCUCCCCGCUGCGCGUUUGUCAAGUCCCGAAAUCCACACAGUAAAAUCAAGCGAGACCCGUG